CGACGUUUUUUCGCGGCGCUCCUGCUCUCCUAUAAAUUAUUGUUCAUCUCCAUCUUCAUCUUCAUCUUCAUUCCGUCGGGGCUGCUGCUGCUGCUGCUGCUGCUGCUGCUUUUCCUUUUCGUUGCCUCCGUCUAAGAUGCCAGAGGAACGCGGCGGGGUGCGAUGUUGCGAACUGGUAACUGACCAGUCUCUGUGGGAUUUAAUAUCAUCUCUAAAUCAGUUCAGUUGAACAUGGAUACACUGGAGUCUGAGCUGACCUGUCCGAUUUGCCUGGAGUUGUUUGAGGAUCCCUUGCUCCUGCCUUGUGCCCACAGCUUAUGCUUCAGUUGCGCACACCGUAUCUUGGUGUCACACUGCUCCACCAACGAGCCCAUUGAGUCCAUCUCUGCCUUCCAGUGUCCCACCUGCCGCUACAUAAUUCCACUUAAUCACCGUGGCCUGGAAGGGCUCAAGCGGAAUGUGACACUGCAGAAUAUCAUUGAUCGAUUCCAGAAGGCAUCUCUAAACAACCCUAACAUUCUUAGUCAAAAUCGACAGGGGCGCCCACACCACAGCAGGCAGGGCAGCCCAGCCAGAGUCAUGUCCUUGGAACGGAUUAGCUGCCAGUUCUGUGAGCAGGACCCACCUAAUGAGGCCGUCAAGACUUGUAUCACCUGUGAAGUGUCAUACUGUGACCGCUGUCUGCGUGCCACGCACCCCAAUAAGAAGCCAUUCACGGGUCAUCGCCUGGUGGAUCCUUUACCUGAUGCACACUUGAGAGGCCUUACUUGUCCAGAGCACGAAAAUGAGAAAGUCAGCAUGUACUGCUCCGUGGACAGCCAGCUUAUCUGCCCUUUGUGUAAGCUUGUGGGACGCCACCGGGAGCAUCAGGUCUCUUCCUUGAAUGAACAAUUCGACAAGCUCAAGGGUUUUGAAGUGAGCCCUGGCAGACUAUCUGACGUGGCUAUCAUGGAAGCAUCAAAGACAAGUAUUGCGCAAACUUUGGAAAACAACCUUACAAACCUUAUUAAGAGGAAUGAAGAGUUGGAGAAUCAAAUGGCCAAACUCAUUCAAAUUUGCCAACAGGUGGAGAUGAACACGGCUAUGCAUGAGGCCAAGUUGAUGGAUGAGUGCGAUGAGCUGGUGGAGAUCAUACGCCAAAGGAAGCAAGUCAUCACUGUCAAGAUUAAGGAGUCCAAGGUGAUGAAGCUGCGCAAGUUGGCCCAGCAGAUAGCCAACUGUCGGCAGUGCCUGGAGCGCUCCAGCGCCCUCAUCACGCAGGCAGAGCAGAGCCUGAAGGAGAACGAUCAUGCCCGCUUCCUGCAGACUGCAAGGAAUAUAGCUGAGAAGGUUGCUAUGGCUACAGCAUCGUCGCAGAUUUUGAUCCCAGAUGUGAAUCUGAACGAUGCCUUUGACACAUUUGCCCUGGAUUUCUCCCGUGAAAAGAAGAUCCUAGAGGGACUAGAUUACCUAACAGCUCCAAGCCCGCCCAGCAUCCGCGAAGAGCUCUGCACUGCUUCCCACGACACAAUUACAGCCCACUGGAGCUCAGAAGAUGAGUUCAGCGUCUCCUCCUAUGAACUGCAAUAUGCCAUCUACACCAACCAAACCAACUUCAUCAAUCUCUACAGCUCAGAGGACAGCUGGAUGAUUGUCCCGAACAUCAAGCAGAACCACUACACAAUCCACGGGCUGCAGAGCGGAACCCGCUAUGUCCUCAUUGUAAAGGCUAUCAAUCAGGCAGGCAGCCGUAGCAGUGAACCGGUGCGGCUCAAGACCAACAGUCAGCCAUUCAAGUUGGAUCCCAAGAUGGCCCACAAGAAGUUACGUCUGUCCAAUGACUUUCUGGCCAUGGAGAAGGAGGAAAGCUCGUUGAAGAAGAGCCACACACCAGAGCGGUUCAGCAGCACGAGCUCCUAUGGGGUGGCGGGAAAUGUGUUCAUCGACAGCGGCUGCCACUACUGGGAGGUGCUGCUGGGAGCAUGUACUUGGUAUGCUGUGGGAAUUGCAUACAAGUCAGCUCCAAAAAACGAAUGGAGCGGAAAAAAUUCCUCAUCAUGGGUGUUCAGCCGCUGCAACAACAACUUCAUGGUGCGGCACAAUGGCAAGGACAUGCUGGUGGAGGCCAGCCUGCAACUUAGGCGCCUGGGUGUGCUGCUAAACUACGACAACAAUGCGCUCUCCUUCUACGACGCCAUGAAUUCCCAACACCUGCACACCUUCGAAAUUUCGUACCUGCUGCCAGUGGUUCCCACCUUCAUGAUCUGGAAUAAGUCUUUGAUGAUCCUAUCCGGCUUGCCCGUGCCGGACUUUGCAGACAGCUCAGAGGGAGAAGUGUGCAUUAGCCGGGAACAUGAGUCACCUUACACACCCGGGAGGAAGAGCUGCCACUGAGGAUUACGCACCGCUGGAAUCCUGUAGACCAGAGUUUAGACUCCAUGGUAAAUUGCACCUGUUUGGUGUUACUCUGUAGGUCAAGAUAACACACUUGCUCAAUCAGUCAUUCAUUCACUAUCAGCAACUGCUUGUCCAAGACAUGGUCACGGUGGUCCAGCGCCUAUCACAGAAGCACAGUGGCCUACAAACCCUGGACAGGAUGCCAGUCCAUUGCUGGGUAAACAUACACACAGUCGCACAUUAAGGACCAUUUUGAGUCACCAGUUCAUCUAAAAUACGUUGGACUGUUCAAGGGAACUCAUGAGGGAGAACACGCAAACUCCAACAGAGGUUGAGCUAGUUUCAAAUCUACGCCCAUACAGUCCAGGCGCGGUGAGGCAGUAGUGUUACCCACUCUCUCCAGGUAGUUCUCC